CGCGCGCAGGUGAGCGAGCCGGGGCGGAGCGCAGCGAAGCCGGUGCCAGGCUCCGGCGCCCGCGGCUGCUGCUCCGAAUCCCGGGCCACAGUCGCUUAACCCGCCGAGGCCUGGGCGCCCCGCAGCCAUGGCCGGCCUGAACUGCGGGGUCACGGUCGCACUGCUGGGGGUCCUGCUGCUGGGCGCCGCGCGGCUGGCCCGCGGAGUGGAGGCUUAUGAGAUUGCACUGCCACGUGGAAGCAACAUUAUGGUCCUCAUAAAGCCUGGGACUCCAACUCUGCCAGUGAAGCCCUGUCACAUCGUUUUUUCUAAAAGAUGGGUGACCACGUUGUCCAUCAAAGCAGGAGAGAAAAUAGUCUUUUCCUUUAGCUGCCGGGAUCCAGAGAAUUAUUUUGUUAUCGAAAUCCAGAAGAAUAUUGACUGCAUGUCAGGCCCGUGUCCUUUUGGAGAGGUUCAUCUUCAGCCCUCGACGUCGGUGUUGCCCACCCUCAACAGAACCUUCAUCUGGGACGUCAAAGCUAACAAGAACAUCGGUCUAGAGCUGCAGUUCUCCCUCCCGCGCCUGAGGCAGAUCGGGCUGGGGGAGAGCUGCCCCGACGGAGUCACUCACAGCAUCAGCGGCCGCAUUGGCGCCACGUUGGUCAGGAUUGGAACCUUCUGCAGCAAUGGCACUGUGUCCCGGAUCAAGAUGCAGGAGGGAGUGAAAAUGGCCUUGGACUUCCCGUGGUUCCACGACAGAAACGUCUCUGGCUUCAGCAUCGCAAACCGGUCGUCUAUAAAACGCCUGUGCAUCAUCGAAUCUGUGUUUGAAGGUGAAGGCUCAGCCACCCUGAUGUCUGCCAACUACCCGGAUGGCUUCCCCGAGGACGAGCUCAUGACGUGGCAGUUCAUCAUCCCUGAGCACCUGCGGGCAAGCGUCUCCUUCCUCCACUUCAAUGUCUCCAACUGCGUGAGGAAGGAGGAGCGGGUCGAGUACUACAUCCCAGGCUCCACCACCAACCCCGAGGUGUUCAAGCUGGAGGACAAGCAGCCCGGAAACAUGGCCGGGAACUUCAACCUCUCUCUGCAGGGCUGUGACCAAGAUGCCCCAAAUCCAGGCAUCCUCCGGCUGCAGUUUCAAGUUUUGGUCCAACAUCCACAAAGUGAAAGCAAUAAAACCUACGUGGUUGACUUGAGUAACGAGCACGCCAUGUCCCUGACCAUCGAGCCACGGCCCAGCAAACUAAGCCUCAAGUUUGUCCGCGGCUGCUUCGUGUGUCUGGACUCUUGGACCUGCAGCACCAACCUCACCCUGACAGCUGGCUCCAAACACAAGAUCUCUUUCCUUUGUGAUGACUUGACACGCCUGUGGAUCAAUGCCGAGAAAACCAUAAGCUGCCUGGACCACCGGUACUGCCAGAGGAAGUCCUACUCGCUCCAGGUGCCAUGGUACAUCCUCCAGCUGCCUGUGCAGCUGCGUGACUUCUCCUGGAAGCUGCUGGUGCCCAAGGACAGCGUCAGCCUGGCAUUGGUGCCGGCCCAGAAGCUGCAGCAGCACACGCAUGAGAGGGUCUGCAACACCAGCUUCAGCUACCUAGUGGCCAGUGCUGUCCCCGGCCAGGACCUUUACUUUGGCUCCUUCUGUCCUGGAGGCUCCAUCGAGCAGAUCCAGGUGAAGCAGAAUGUCUCGGUGACCCUCCGCACCUUUGUCCCCAACUUUCAGCAAGAGGCCUCCAAGCAGGACCUGACCGUGUCCUUUAUCCCCCACUUCAAAGAGGAAGGUGUUUUCACAGUGACCCCAGACACGAAAAGCAAGGUCUACCUGAGGACCCCUAUCUGGGACCGGGGCCUGCCAUCCCUUGCAUCCGUGUCCUGGAACAUCAGUGUACCCCGAGACCAGGUGGCCUGCCUGACCUUCCUCAAAGAGCGGACGGGCGUGGUCUGCCAGACCGGGCGCGCAUUCAUGAUCAUCCAGGAGCAGCGGGCCCACAACGAGGAGAUCUUCAGCCUAGAGGAGGAGGUGCUGCCCAAGCCAAGCUUCCGCUAUCACAGCUUCUGGGUCAACAUCUCCAACUGCAGCCCCAUGAGCGGGAAGCAGCUGGACCUGCUUUUCUGGGUCUCACUUACCCCAAGGACCAGAGACCUGACUGUCAUCAUCCUCGCAGUGGUGGGAGGUGGCGUCUUCCUGCUGUUUGCCCUCGGACUCAUCAUUUGCUUUGUGAAAAAGAAUAAGAAAAAGAAGAUCAACAAGGGCCCAGCUGUAGGUAUCUACAAUGGUAAUGUCAAUACCCAGUUGCCGAUGCAGCCAAAAAAGUUUCAAAAAAGACGGAAGGACAACGACUCCCACGUGUAUGCCGUCAUUGAUGACACCAUGGUGUACGGGCAUCUGCUACAGGAUUCCGGGUCCUUCCUCCAGCCAGAAGUGGACACCUACCGGCCCUUCCAGGGCCCAACAGGGGACUGCCCUCCCUCCCCACCCCCCAUAUGCUCCAGGGCCCCAACGGCAAAGUUGACCAAAGAUGAGCCAUCCCCUGGCUUCCCUUCUGAGUCUGACAGUGAACCAUACACCUUCUCCCACCCCAAAGAUGGGAAUAUAAGCAAUGGGAACACAGACACUCCUUUGCUCGACACCCAUGAGACCACAGAGCCUGGGGAAUAACCUGGAUCCACCCCAAAGACUUUGCAUAAAACAGGGCACUGAGAUGCCUUUUAGUGUUCCCACCCAGAAAUCCUGAAGAAGAGGAAUUGUGUGGAAGGACAGCAAGAGGUUUUCCUGGAUGCCUCUAACUUCUGAUUUCCAAACAGACUCAUUCCAAUGCUGAGACAUUGAAAAUGAUGAAUUGUGAUCUGGAUACAAACUUCACAGUGCAUGUCCUUCUAAACUCAGGUUGGGUUGUAACCAGUCCAUAACGAGAGGGAAGAGGCUGAAUCACCCAGGACAGGGAUGCAACGAGCCCUGGAUUUGGAUUUGGGUUUGGAUUUGGAUUUAGACCUCUUCAGGUUGACAGUGCCAAUCCCUAGGAGCCCAUGGAGGUCCCUGCUCUCAUUGGGGUCCCCUGAGUGGAAAUGUCAAUGUGCUUUUUUUUAUUAUUAUUAUUGUUAUUAUUUA